UUUAAAACUAAGUCACCUGUGUUGGCUUCAACCGAAGAACAAACAAUAGAGACAAGUGAACCAGAGAAGUAUGUCUACAGCACAGAAAGUAGUACUGAACAGACUGAAGCAAUUACUGAAAGUGCAGAGAAUGUCAGCGUUGAUAACAGUGAUACGGAUGAUAAGGAUGGUGAUGACAAGAAUGUGGCUUCAACCGAACAACAAGCCAUAGAAAACGGUGAUCUACAGCAGAGCAGUUCUGAAGGCCCCAUAGAAAGUGAUGAUUCAGUUCCAGAGGAUGUUCCAUAUGGAAGAAUGAUGCUCAAGCCAGCCAACAAAGAACAACUGAAUAUGGAUAAAGGUUAUUAUCAGCCAGCAAACUCAGUCAAAUCAACAAGCGAUGAACUGAACGAUGGUGGCGUUGAAAUUGAUAUCGGUGAUACUCAAGAUCCUUUCGACAGCGAUAAAUCCGAUUCUGCAAGUCCGUUCGACAGAAGUAAUUGUCAGCUAAAACCGACUGAAGGUCGGCCAUGCCGUGAAGACGAGGUAUCGCCAAGAACCAAUCUGCAAUUUUUCUACAGUCGACGAGACAAUAAAUGUAAAUUGUAUUUCUACCGAGGCUGUGGCGGUAAUGCGAAUCGUUUUGAAACGAAACGAUUAUGUGAAUCUGCAUGCAUGGUUAGUACGGCCAAUAUUUACCGUGUGAUUCAAUAG